UCCAUUUUGCCAAUCACCUCCCUUCUUUCUCUCUCUCUCUCUCUCUAAUAUCCAUAUUUAUUUGUUGUACCAUAAAAUCUCAAGCGUUGCUAUUUUCAUUCUUCUCGGUUCCUGCCUCAUCUGGGAUUUCUCCGGCGACGACGGCCACCUCCCAUGGGCUGUGCCUCGUCCAAGCUCGACAAUCUUCCGGCGGUGGCUCUUUGCCGUGACCGUUGCAAGUUUCUUGACCAAGCUCUUGUUUCUACCCAUUCACUCAUUGAUUCCCACUCUGCUUAUGCUGAUUCACUCGACAAAACCGCCUCCGCUCUCCGCCGUUUGUUUGAUCAAGACGGCGAAACCGGUGGAGGAGAUUUGAAAUGCGCUCCACCACCGCCUGCUGCCCCUAAAAAGGACAGAUCGGAUUCCGAUUCCGAUUCUGAAGAAGAAGAAGAAGAUGGGUGUUUUGAUCAAGAGAAACCGCUGUCUCCCCCGGUUGGAAGUUUUAUGUUUUCGAAUUACGAUUCGGCAAGAGGACAGCCGCCACCGCCGCCACCGACUGGCUCAUCGUGGGAUUUCUUCAAUUUCUUCGACUCGUACGAGAGAUACGAGCAACCCAUUUUCAAUUGGGACCGUGAAGGAGCAGAUCGGAAGUUACCAACAACGAAAGUUGUGGCGAAGAAGAAGAAGAAACCGGCGCUGGUUGUUGAUUCGAAGAAAAAUGAGGUAACGGAAAAAUCAAACCAACCGGAAAAGAAGAUUGAUGAUCCAAAGAUGAGUGUGUUGGAUUUGAUGAGAGAAAUCAAGGGGUCCUUUGAAAAAGCAUCUGAAUCGAGCAAUUCCAUUUCAAAAUUGCUUUCUUAUGGUCAAAGAAUGAGUUUUUGCAAAGAUACAAGAACAGGCUCACGAGGUUUAUUGUCUACUUUGAAGAAGCUGUCUGUUUGGGAGCAAAAACUGUACUUGGAAGUGAAGGCUGAGGAGAGAUUGCGUAUGCUCUUGGAGAAGAAAUGCCGGCAGCUGAAGAAUUUGAUGGAGAAGAAGGCUGAUGCUCGGAAAAUUGAUCCCCUUCGAAAUUCCAUCAGAAAUUUGUCGAUUAAAUUGAAAAUUUCAAUUCAAGUUGUUGAUAGGAUUUCGAUUACAAUAAGCAAAUUGAGAGAUGAAGAAUUUUUUGCAGAGAUGAAUGAAUUGAUUCGUGGAUUACAGAGCAUGUGGAAAUCCAUGUUAGAAACUCACAAGCAACAAACCCAAGCACUAACAGACCCAAAACCCUUCGAAUCAAUCCUCAACGGCGCCCUCGACGACACUCAUCUGGAAGCCGCCAUGGAUUUAAAACUCGAGCUCGAGAAUUGGAGAACAAAUUUCAUCGAAUUAAUAGCCACUCAAAAGGACUGCAUCAAAGCCCUGAACGGUUGGCUUCUCCGAUGCCUAUUAUACGAACCCGACCCCGAAGAGACCCCCAACGGCGGCUGCCCGCCGCCUUUUUCUCCGGAAAGAAUUGGAGCUCCUCCCGUGUUUGUAAUCGGGCACCUAUGGUCCGACACUGCCGAUACAUUCUCCGACAAGGACGUCUCUGAGGCCAUACAGGGGCUGGUCUUGAAAUUGGAUCAGGCGCUUGAACAGCAGAGUUUGGAUUUGCAGAGAUUGGCGUUGGCGAAUAAAGAUUUAGAGAAGAAAAUUAAGGUGAAGAAGACAACGACGAUGAAUCAUGAGGAGAAGACAGUAGCAGUGGCGGCGGGAACUGUGCAUAAAGUAGGGAAAUUUAGUGGGUGUGAAAUUCAAUUGGGACUGAGGCAGAUUUUUGUGGGGUUGACGAGGUUUUGUGGGGACUCCAUUAAAGCUUACGAGGAGCUCUGUUGUUCAGCCAUAACUGAAGAGAAACAAGAACAGAGUCAGAGCCAGUCAGGUCCGCCAUAACUGCUGCUAUUUCCUUUUCUUUUCUUUGUUUUCACAGAUUUUUUUUGGUAAUUCAUUCAAUUAAUUCUUUAUUAUUUGUAUUUGAUUAAUUAUGGUUUUAUGAUUAAUUGGUAUUGUUGAUUGGUUAUAAUUUUGGGUGAGUGGCGAAUGGAAUAAAUAUGAAUCCAAUUUUGGUUGUAGUUGAGGAAA